UGAUGGCAGGAGGACACUUGGGCUGGGGAAUCAUAGAAGAAGGCUGGAGGAAGGGACCUUGGACUGCAGAAGAGGAUAAAUUGCUCAUUGAAUAUGUCAGGUUGCAUGGAGAUGGAAGAUGGAACUCUGUGGCAAGAUUUGCAGGUCUGAAAAGGAAUGGCAAGAGUUGCAGGCUGAGGUGGGUGAAUUAUUUGAGGCCAGACCUCAAGAGAGGCCAGAUAACCCCACAUGAAGAGAAUAUCAUUCUAGAGCUUCAUGCCCGGUGGGGAAACAGGUGGUCAACAAUUGCACGGAGCUUGCCUGGGAGAACAGACAAUGAGAUCAAGAAUUAUUGGAGGACCCAUUUCAAGAAAAAGGGAAAAGCUGCAUCAGAACACACUGAUAAGUCAAAGACUCGACUCCUUAGAAGACAACAGCUACAGCUGCAAAAGCAGCAGCUACAACAACAGCAACAGAAUCAAAUUGACAUGAAAAAUAUCAUGUCUCUACUUGAUGAAAGUGAGAAUAGAGCUCAAGUGAGGCAGGAAAUGGUCUCCAUGUAUUCUAACUCCUCUGAGGGGCAAUGCCUACUCUCUUCCAUGUUGAACAGUAAUGCCUCCGCACCAGAGACCUUGAAUGAUGACAUUUUGUUGGGAGGCCUGUGGAACUUAGAUGAUAACCAUGCCAACAUGUAUGCCACAUGUGCAACCAGCAAACCAAGUUUGCCAAGUCUUCUCACCUCCUUCUACUGAAGAAGUAUUGAGUUAGUU